UCGUUCCGCCCUGUGCGCGCUCCCGCCAGUAAAGAGUGCGAGAGCUGGGCCGGGAUACCUGCGGCCGAAGGACAGCGAACGGUGGUGAGGCUGCUGCUGCUGCUGCUGCUGUAGGCCGGGGGACGGCUCCAGGUCCGCCAUGGAUCCUUGCUGGAGAGCGGCGCUCCUGCUGCUCCUUCUCCCGGCUCUGAAGAACGCCGCCUGGGGAGCGCCCACCUCCGCGCCGGUGCAGCCAGGAAGUUGUGAACAGUACACAAAUAAAACUUGUAAAGAGUGCCUGAAAAAUGUCACGUGUUUAUGGUGCACCAGCAACAAAAAAUGCAUAGAAUAUCCUGUUAGGAGUAUCCUUCCACCCAGCUCUCUUUGCGCACUGAGUUCUGCUCGCUGGGGUACAUGUGAAGUGAAUUUUGAAGCUCUGAUUAUUACGAUGUCUGUGGUGGGAGGAGGCAUCAUUAUUGCUCUGUUUGUUUGCUGUUGCUGCUGCUGUAGGAAGAAAAAGAGCAAAAUACCAGAUAAGGAAGAGGAAAAAGCUGCCAGGGAGAAGGAGCAAAGAAGAGUAAGGCAGGAAGAGAGGAGAGCAGAGAUGAAAUCUAGACAUGAUGAAAUCCGGAAAAAAUAUGGUUUGUUUAAAGAAGAGAACCCAUAUGCCAAAUUUGAAAACAACUAAAAUACAGAAACCAUGUCUAGCAAUGCUGUGUAUACACUACUGCUACGAAAGAGCCUAUAUAUCUAGAUGCCUUAAUUGCAAAUGGAAGAAGUCAUCCUUACACAAGACAAAACCAGCUAUAAUUCCAAUGAGCUGUUAACAAAUGGAUCAAGCCAGACAUACCUCUUAAAUUCCUACAGGUUUGGCAGACUGCAAGAUGUUAAGUUUCUGCUUUCUGCCUGCUCUGCAGGUCCUUUGCUAGUCCAGUGUUUUGCUUGUAAUGCAUAUCCUUUGCUAGAGCUUGAACAAAAUCCUUCAUGGAGGGGCAGUGAACUAGUAUUCCUCCAAUCGUUAAUCGUUAAUUGUUAAUCUAAAAAUAGGAGAGUCACACAAGUCUUAAUUCUGCUACUAUCAAAAAUGCCUAACCACUUUUGGAAACCAGUUUUUCUACAGUACAGGAUUUUUUUAUCCUGGGAUUAUGAGGUUUUGCACUUUUAUGUAAAUUCUAUUUUUUCAUCUUUAAAUUGUAUGCAAAAUAUUGUUCCUUUCUCUUCUUGUGUCUUUUAAUCACUUCUCAAUAACUUCAACACAUAUUUAAAGAAUGAUUUAAUGGAUUUUUAUGCCAGGAUGUAUUGAAUGGAUAUUUGUCUUAGAAUUUUAAAGGCUCUGCUAUAUUUAAAGUCAUUGAUAGCCCUGACAAAAGUACUGUUUGUAAUAUGAUGUUGCCAAAUCCUUGUUGUAUCUGAAGCAAUAUGUAAUUUCAGGAAGAAUGUUCAUAAUAGCCAAAUAAUUAGAAGAAUGAAAAGUCUCCUUUUUAAAUUAAAAAAAAAGAAAUUACAGUAGACCUUGGGGUUAACUUCUAUCCAGGUAAAGCCCUGUUCCUUGACACAAUCUCAGCUUGAUGCAGUAGCUGGUUUCUCAGGCUCUUCUACAGUUGAGUCCUUUGCACUAUGAUAUCUUUCUGAUAAUGCAGACCAUGCCACUAGGAAAAUAAUUCGUGUUAUAAUGCCAGUGGGAAGAGUAGGUUGAAAAGGCCACUGUGGAAAAAUGAGAGGUGGGGGUUUGUUUUCAAGGGAAUAUGGAACAUGUAUUUUCUAGGGGGUGUCUUGAAUAUACCAACUGGGCUGAAAGUGAGCAAAGUGCACAAAACUCUUCAGGCACACGAGUUGCUGGUGAGGAACUAGGGUAUAAUGGACACAAUUGUCAGUGACAUUCUUGCAGAUGUCCCCUCUGGCACACAAAUUGGAAGGAAGAGUGUUUAAAUGUGCCAUUUUGAUGGCCACUGUUUUUGGCAAGACAAAAUUCUAGAGGGUAUAUUAAUCACUUCCUCACGUGUUGCAUUGCAUUGGACUGAACAUUCCAUUGUGACCUUAAAAUUUGUAUAGGUGUCGACAGUGGCACAAACUUUUAAAUUAGAACUGAAUGUAUAUAAUCUUCUGUUUACUAUUUUUAUAAAUGUCAGUGACCUUUGCAAAGCUCCCUAUAAUUCUGCCUAAACUAUGUAUGUGAUUCAGAAAUCAUGAGAAGUUUUGUAUGCUUCUCUGUUGCCAUGUUAAUAAAUAUUAAGUAUAUUACUACCUA